CAACUACCUUAUUUAUUGCUUUAUCAUAAAGACAAACACAAGGACAAAAACUCCCUCAUAUUUCUUUAUCUUUUUUUGGUAUAUUAAAAUUCCCUGAUUUUUUUUUUUAUGUGAUUCAUCUUUCAACAGAACUUAGUAUUUUCUGCUCUUCUUUACUUUCAAAGAUUUUGUGUAAAGAAAUGGUUUGGAUUUCAGCAAAAUGGCUGUUUCUUUUCUUAUCAUCAAGCCAUAUAGCAUUGGUAACAUGCACUAUUACUACUACCAAAAGCCCUUCUUCAUCCAAGGCAACUUACAUUGUCCAAAUUGAUAAAUGGGCAAAACCAGCAUUAUUUGUGGAUCAUUUCCAAUGGUACUCCUCCAUGGUAAAAUCUGCUGUAGCUUCACAACCAGCUGAAGUAGAAGAAGAUGAUGAUGAAGAUAGGAUAAUUUACACUUACCACACUGCUUUCCAUGGCCUGGCUGCUCAUCUUACAAAAGAAGAAAUGGAAAGAUUGAAAGAAAAGAAUGGUGUAAUGGCUGUUUUCCCUGAAACUAAAUACCAAUUACACACCACCAGAAGUCCAUUGUUUCUUGGGCUACAAAAUAAAUAUGGUAUGAAUGUUUGGUCGGACAAAGUCUCCCAAAGUAAUGUGGUAAUCGGAGUUCUCGAUACCGGGAUUUGGCCGGAAAGUCCAAGCUUCAACGACACUGGAAUGACAGCAAUCCCGAAUCAUUGGAAAGGGAAAUGCGAUGUAGGCCGCGGGUUCGAAUCGCGCCAUUGCAACCGGAAAAUUGUGGGCGCCAGAGUAUUCUACAAAGGGUAUGAAGCAGCUUCCGGCAGGAUCAAUGAACAAGAGGAAUUCAAAUCUCCGAGAGAUCAAGACGGCCACGGCACACAUACUGCGGCAACGGUCGCCGGAACCCCCACGCCGGGAGCGAAUCUUUUCGGCUACGCCUACGGCACGGCGCAGGGGAUGGCCCCUGGCGCCAGAGUUGCUGCUUAUAAAGUUUGUUGGACCGGAGGAUGCUUCAGCUCCGACAUUCUCUCCGCCGUCGAUCAAGCGGUGGCCGACGGGGUAAACAUUCUGUCUAUUUCAUUAGGCGGUGGAAUUUCAUCUUAUUACCGUGAUAGUUUGGCUAUAGCGACUUUCGGGGCCAUGGAAAAGGGAGUUUUUGUGUCCUGUUCAGCUGGAAAUGGAGGGCCCGAACCUGUUAGUCUCACAAACGUUUCACCGUGGAUAACUACAGUUGGAGCUAGCACCAUGGACAGAGAUUUUCCGGCCACCGUUAAGCUCGGAACAGGUAGAGUCUUUACCGGAACUUCUCUUUAUCAAGGCAGAGCAAUUCUUUCUAAAGAAGCCAAAUACUCAAUGGUUUACUUUGGAAGUAAUUCUACUAGUCCAACACCUAGUUCACUCUGCUUAGAAGGAACAUUAGAUAGACAUUCUGUUGCCGGAAAAAUUGUAAUUUGUGACAGGGGAAUUAGUCCUCGAGUUCAGAAGGGUCAAGUGGUGAAAGAAGCAGGAGGAAUAGGCAUGAUUCUGUGUAACACUGAUGUGAAUGGGGAAGAAUUGGUAGCUGAUAGUCACCUUAUUCCGGCUGUGGCGGUCGGCGAAACCGUCGGAAAGCUGAUUAAGAAUUAUGCAUCUACUCGUAAAGCUACUGCAACACUUCAGUUCCUUGGAACCAAAACAGGAAUCCGGCCUUCUCCAGUUGUAGCUGCAUUUUCAUCUAGGGGGCCGAAUUUCCUUUCCCUGGAGAUCCUAAAGCCGGAUUUCGUGGCGCCGGGAGUCAACAUCCUGGCAGCGUGGACAGGGGAUUUGGGUCCAUCAAGCUUGCCAACAGAUCGCCGGAGAACCAAAUUCAACAUUUUAUCAGGGACUUCCAUGUCCUGUCCGCACGUGAGCGGCAUCGCCGCGCUGUUAAAGGCGAGUCACCCGGAUUGGAGCGCUGCGGCGAUCAAAUCCGCCCUGAUGACAACCAGUUAUGUUCACGACAACACCAUGAAUCCCUUGAGAGAUGCUUCCACUGGCCAGCCUUCGACGCCUUUCGACCACGGCGCGGGUCAUGUAAACCCGGUGAAAGCCCUGAAUCCUGGCCUGGUUUACGACAUUGAAGCACAAGAUUACUUUGAUUUCUUGUGCGCACAGGGCCUGACUACUUCAGAGCUCGCUGUUUUCGCCAAGUUCGCCAACAGAAAAUGCCGACAAUUUUUCGCUGAUCCUGGAGGGCUGAACUAUCCUGCUCUUUCCGCUGUUUUCCCUGAAAAUGCAAAUACUUCGGUUAUAACUCUCCGGAGAACAGUCACCAAUGUCGGCCGCUCCGGAUCCAAUUACCACGUCGUAGUUUCACCGUUCAAAGGCGUCGCUGUGAAGGUUGAGCCGCCGAGGCUCAGCUUCACUCAAAGGCACCAGAAAUUGUCUUACAAAGUUACAUUCAUAUCAAGAUCUCGCCAGACAGAACCAGAAUUCGGACAGUUGAUAUGGCAGAAUAAGGCUCAUAUGGUGAGAAGCCCCAUUGUGAUCACAUGGCUAACACCAUUUUCGUAGAUCUUGUGGCCUGAUGAUUAGAAAAAGCAAUUAGGUGAAUUUCUGUCAGCACAAUAAUUUUUCUUUUUUUCUCAAUUAAUUAUGUACGCAUGUGAGUUUGCAUCAUUUUGAAUUUGAUUCUUCUUUGUCCUUUUAAUUUCCUGUUUCUUGUUCAUUGUUUUACCAUUCAUAAGUGGAUCGGACUGCUUUAUGUUAUGUGAUCUAUUGCAUUCAGAUCAUUUGGAGAAAAAAUAUGAAGAAAGAUCAAGCAAGAAAGUGUAAUAUUACAAACAUUUUACACGAGAGUUUCAAUAGUGCGCGUAUUUCGCC